UUGUUUUCCCUUUUUUUCUCAGCCACCGAACUUGACUGUUGUGUAAUUCCCGUGCGUAAUAACUUGAAGCUCAUUCAAACAACCGAUUUCUUCUAUGCGAAUAUUGAUGAUCCCUACACCAUGGAAUGUGCUCUGAAGGCUGGAACAAGUGUUCGAGGUGGUCAAACGACAUACAAUCCCUGGGUUCUGAUUGGUGGAGCAGCUACUGCUGUUGUACCUGACUCCGAAUAUAUUAUGCCAACCCAAUCCAAGCCGGGUGAUGUACUGGUGUUAACUAAGCCUUUGGGCACUCAGCUGGCAGUGACAGCCUACAAUUGGAUGAAGGAUCAAAGUGACACCUGGAAAGAGAAAUGUACCCCUCGAAUCACCGAGGAGAAGAUGGCGAGUUUGUAUAACGCCGCGACACUCUCCAUGGCUCGGCUUAAUCGUUAUGCUGCCAAGUUGAUGCACAUUCACGGUGCUCGGGCCUGUACAGAUGUGACUGGCUUUGGGGCUCUGGGUCAUGCUCGUAAUCUAGCUGCUGUUCAGACAGCUGAGGUAACCUUCGAGAUCGAUCGAUUACCUUGCCUAGAGGGGGCUUACCAACUGUCCAAAGCACUUGCCGCUAAACAUCACCUUGACACUGCACUAACUCCUGAAACAUCGGGUGGACUUUUGAUUGCAAUACCAGAAGAGAAAGCUGUGAGGUAUAUUAAGGAUCUUUAUGAGUUGGAUGGCAAUCAGUCGUGGAUAGUUGGACGAGUAAUUUCCGCGCCUACUCCUGCAGAUGCUCGAACCGCACGUCUUUCUACCAACCUGGAGAUUAUUGAGGUUCCGCAUGACUCCGUUGUUUAG